AUGACUGCUCUCAGGGUUCCUCUCACGAGCCGCCGCAUCGUGAAUGCCUCACGAGCUGCCUCGAGAACACCAACUACACCAGCGACUGCCGCAUCUGCCUCCCAACAUGUUGCCCGUAGAUAUGCCUCCACGGCCAAGAGGCCGCGGACGGCACUGUUCUUCCCAGGCCAAGGCGUUCAGAAAGUCGGCAUGAUGACCCCUUGGAUCGAGGCCUUCCCUGCGACCGCGAAACCCAUUGUCGAGGAGAUUGACCACUGCCUCGGCUACAAGCUCUCCGACGUCAUCCGCGACGGGCCUGGCAAGACCCUGACCAAGACAUCCAACGCCCAACCCGCCAUCAUGGCCACCUCUAUCCUUAUCCUGCGCAUCCUCGAGCGCGAGUUCGGCUUCGACACCCCUGCCCGCAUAGACGUCACCCUCGGCCACUCCCUCGGCGAGUUUGCCGCCCUCGUCGCCGGCGGCUACAUCACCUUUGACGACAGUCUCUCUCUCGUCCGUGCCCGCGCCCGCGCCAUGGAGGAUGCGACGCGCGCUGCCAUUGAACAGCACGGCGGCGAAUACGGCAUGGUCGCUGUCAUCACCGAGCCCGAGUACCUCGACAGCCUCGUCGCCGCCGUCGACCGCUUCGUGCGCCCCGGCGGUUCCCAGGGCAGCAAAGCCGAGUCCAACUACGACCUGCCGCCCUUCCAGCAGGUGUCCAUUGCCAAUGUCAAUUCCAAAAAAUCAAAUCGUCCUCAGCGGCGACGUGGCCCGCAUCAAGACCCUUGUCACUCACCUGCGGCAAGUUCCUCGGCCACGACGCCCGCGACGCCUGCGGUCGCCACCAUGCGCCGCCUGCUGUCCGGCAAGAGUCGGGUGCCCGGGCGCGAGGGCGACGACAUUGUCACCUUUCCUGGCCGGCUGCCGUGCGUCAGUAAUGUCAGCGCGAGGCCUUUCGAGAGCAAGGCCGAGCUGCAGGAUCUCCUGUCGAGGCAAUGCCUCGAGACGGUGCGCUGGUGGGAUAGCAUCAAGUACCUCGACCAGGAGGAGAAGGUCAGGAGGUGGGUCGGCAUCGGGCCCGGCCGCGUCGGCAGAAACCUCGUCGGCAAAGAAGUCGGCAUGAAGGGCCACGACACGGUCAAGGGUGGCGGCGUGUGGGCCAUCACCGACCCCAGCGAUAUCGAAGAGGUUCUCCGAGGGCUAGAGGAGACAGAGAGGGUGACGGAUGACGAGAUGAAUGCCUAA